CCCCCCCCCCCCCCAAAAAAAGCUCCAAAAAAUGGAAUAUGUGCUUUUAUUGUUAUUAUUAUUUCUAAAAUAAAUUUGUAUUUAUAUAUAUGUGUGUGUAUUUUGUAUGGAGGAAGAGAAGAUCAAGGAAGAAGUGUUGAGAAACAAUAGAGAUCAGAAUUCGAUGGGAAAUCCUGGAUUGUUAUUCUCCGAUGCGAUUAUUCCCAAUAAUCAUACUACUAAUUUGUUCGAUUUUCCAUUAAUCGACACCAUUGAUUCUUCUUUCAAGCCGUCCACUUUCUUGGAUUUGUUAGCUACUCAAGAUUAUACCCCUUCUUUGUUCGAUCUUUUCUCUCCUCCACCUCCGCCGCCGCAACCGCCGCUUCCUCUGCCAUCCUCCGCCGUGGCCGAGUCUUCUGAAGUUCUUAAUACUCCGACCACUCCUAACUCCUCCUCCGUCUCUUGCUCCUCCACCGAACGUGCUUUCGACAACGAUGACGUGGAUCGGGAUAAGUCCCCUUUCAACAAACAAUUGAAAGCAAAAAAGAAAAACCAAAAGAAAGGAAGAGAACCAAGAUUUGCGUUCAUGACAAAAAGCGAAGUGGAUCAUUUAGACGACGGUUACAGAUGGCGAAAAUACGGUCAAAAAGCCGUUAAAAACAGCCCUUACCCAAGAAGUUAUUACCGUUGCACCACCGCCGGCUGCGGCGUCAAAAAACGAGUCGAACGAUCCUCCGACGACCCUUCCAUCGUCGUCACCACUUACGAAGGCCAACACACUCAUCAAAGUCCAAUCAUGCCACGUGGAGCUUUAUCCUCCACCGCCUUCACCCCCUCACCACAACAACAACCCCCGCUUGUUUUCUCACAGCCCCAACAAUUAUACCGCAACCAAUUUACGUACGCUCCGGCGCCGCCUGCGGACGUUGUCACCUGCGGCGGAGGGUUCGGUCACGUGUUUCACAGUUUUGGAGAAGAACGACGUCUCAUCGAUGGUAGAACCACCACCACUACUUCUACUACUACAACUGAUUCUUUCCAAGACCAUGGCCUUCUUCAAGAUAUGAUCGUACCUUUCCCAGAAGAGAAAGAAAAAAAAGUUAAUUAAUUAUUUAAUUAAUUAAUUUUUAUUUCUUUUUUUAAAAUUUUUUUUCCACGGUACGUCGUCGUAUUACUCUAACAAAAAAUUAUGGGAUUUUCACCAUAAACCAUCUUCACUAAUCACACAAUCUCCAUCACUGUAUAAUAUUUAUAUAAUUAGUUAGUUUUUUCUUUCAAUUUUCCUCCAUUGAUCAUAUGGAGAUGAUCUGAUCA